UUGUGACCAUUUCCAUGAACGUCCAGGCAUGCGCAGUGAAGUAGAAAUGACAUCGAUUGUUGUUGUUUCUCUGGGCAACUGAUAUUGAAGUUAGAUACCGGUACAUUUGUUGCCAUUGUGUAAUCGAAUAUUGGACAUAGCGCGCGGACUAAAUCGCUGCUGAACGAACGCUGCAUUGUAUCAAAUGUGAUGGGUGUUGCAUCGAGCACAGAGGGUGAAAGGGAACCUCUUCUUGUUCCUCCUGACCGCGAGACGAGCAUUCAGCCAGUUUACAGCCAAGUCUACGGGAGAAGAUGGCUGGUUCUGACUCUGUUUUCCUUGUUGGCGUUCAUGCAAGGGAUAGUAUGGAACACCUGGGGCCCAAUUCAGAACUCUGCCAUGCAUGCGUACGAUUUCACCAAAUCUGACAUCGCCGUGCUUGUUCUUUGGGGGCCAGUGGGGUUCGCGCCUUGGCUGCUAUUUAUAUGGCUAAUGGACAAAAAGGGUCUGCGGGUGUCUCUUCUACUGUCAGCCUUCUUCAUGGUGAUUGGGGCAGCGCUGCGAAGUGUCCCUGUACCAGAACAACAUCUAAGACGAUGGUUAAUACACGCCGGUCAGCUGCUGAAUGGUUUGGGUGGUCCAACCAUAAUGAGUGCCGGCCCCCUCCUCUCCACCACAUGGUUCGCUCCGGACCAACGAGCCACAGCCACCGCUGUCGCCUCAUUGGUGAGCUACCUGGCGGCGUGCUCCUUCAUUGUCGGCCCACUGCUUGUGCCCGCCCCCAACGACACCACACGUGCCAUGGUGAACCGAGCCGACGUUUCGACAGACACCCAGAUGAACCACAUACGAGACAGAAUCCAACUGGUUUUGUAUGCAGAGUUUGGUGUGGUGGCGAUGCUGUUUGCUGCGGUGCUGCUCUACUUCCCCUCCCGACCCCCCAUGCCUCCCAGUGUGGCUGCUGCCAGCCAGAGACUCAGCUACAGGAGCAGCAUCUGCAAACUACUCAGUAACUUCCGGUUCCUGAUGAUAGCAUUGGCCUACGCGGUGCCUACAGGGGUGGUGGCAGGCUGGUCAGGAGUUCUGGACAUGAUCCUCACCCCUGCCAGAGUCAGCCAGGUGGAUGCUGGCUGGAUCGGGUUCUGGUCCAUUGUGGGCGGCUGUGUGUUUGGAGUGGCCAUGGCCAGGUUUGCAGAUUCUAUCCGGGGCAUGCUGAAGCUCAUCCUGGUCCUGAUGAUGGCUGGUGCUUCCCUGGCCUCCACCUGGUUCACAUUAACCUGCCUGACCAGGCUCACACACCUACCCUCCACUGCAGCUACUCUUUACACCUCCUGUAUCCUGGUGGGCAUCUUCAUCAACAGUAGUGUGCCCAUCUUCUUUGAGCUCUUCAUCGAGACCGUGUACCCCGUGCCAGAGGGCAUCACCUGUGGCGUGGUCACCUUCCUCGGUAACCUGGUCACCGGCUGCCUCCUCUUCUUCCUCACCUUCUACAGCACAGAGUUGUCGUGGCUAAACUGGUGUUUGACGGGCUCCUGUGCCUUCAGCCUCGUCCUCAUCCUCUUCUUCAGGGAAUCCUACGACCGCCUCUACCUAGACGUCUUUGUCUCAGUCUGACACACACAAAAAGACUGGAACAAGAGGAGAACAAAGACAGGAACAUUUGAAACGCACUGCACAAAGAAGAAGAGGAAGAAAAAUGGAUUUCAGAAGUGCAACUUGCGCUCUUUUACGUUUUAAGUAUAGCUGUAGGUGUAAACUUGUAAUAUGACGGUGGUCGGUGAUUCAUUGUGAUUUCCUUGUAGCAAAUGAGAAGUGCCAGCCAAGGGCCUCAGACAAUUAGUCAUUAAUGUUAAGUCUUUAUAAGUGUCGGUUUGGCCAGUUGGUCCUCUGAUGCAGCAUUGUCUUGUCUUUUUUAUAAUGUAAACUACAGUGGGACCUGGUCAUGGAAUGAUGAGGGACUGUUGUUGUCUAAAGAUGCACUCUGUGGCAGGUGGUUUCCCUGUGGCCUGUUGGUCCUCUUAAUGAGAGAAGAGAGGCCUGAUUGGCUGAGUAGCUCUAGCAGCCAAUCAGCAAGCCCCACCAGUCUGUGCUAACAAGGGACCGUAUAGCAUUUUAGUGUCACUCAUAACUGCUGGUUAUGAAUUGCAGGGUGCUAAAACUGUCAAACUAAGCUGUUCUGUAGAAUUACCUGUGAUAUUACAUGUCUUUUAAUAGUGACAAAUGGUCGCCUUUUUUUACUGUAUCCCCCUCUCUCAAGACUUAUGCAAGACAUUUUUUCUCCCUAUGGGAUUGAAUUGAUUGCAGGCCGUGCAGGUUCCUGCCAGUGUCGUCGACUAUGAUUGGACACCACCCUGGUGCAUGCCAGUGUCUUGGGAUAUGAUUGGAUGAGCCGCAGAGACCGCCUCGCUCUGCAUGCAAAGUCACUGCUUUAAACGCUCCUCUCUGUGUGUGUCGAGGCUCUGCUGCGCGGGUCUCAUGGUGUUACCACACAGUCCGUUUUAAUGAGCAGUUCAGAAUAUGGACAUUGGAAGUAGUAGUUUCCCUGUGUCAUUCUGACCUUUCAGCUGACAACAGGAGUCAGAUAUUUUGGUUUGGAGUUGGUUAAUAUGCAGACGAAGAUUUCAGAAUUGUCAAAUGUUUUUUGUUGUUGCUGUUUACAGUUUGUUAUACUAUAUUGGAGAUUUUUGAAUUUUGAACUAAACUUGUUUCAGUGAGAAAGGCAUGUUUUUUAAAAAAGGGUUUUAACAUGAAAUAUUUCUCAGUAGAAAUGUCCAUUAUUAUUACAGAUGUAUUUACUGAGGGAUCAGAACACAGUAGAUACAGAGACAAAUACAAAGACUGUCAUGAAAUAUGUGAAUACCGCUGUUGCACAGCUGAGACUGUGGAAACCACAAACUGUUAAGUCACCACGAAGCUGCUCUACAUCUAACGCACAGCGUUCACCAGCAGUAGUCACUGUGCUGAGGACACUGACAACAAGAGGCAGGUAGUGGUUGGGUAAGCACCUCCUUGCCUGGACGGUCAGGGUUGGACUUGGAGGGGAUGCUUACUUUCCCACAGAGAAAUAACACAUAUUGAACUGAUGUUCAACAUGAAAAAGAGAGGAACGGGAAAGAACCACCUUUGUCCAGAUUGUGGAGUGACUGGUCCUGAAAGGCACUAAUCUACAAGGGACUUUAACUGGGAACUUAUUUUUUCAACAUGCCCCCUGCCCGUGCACAAGUGGGGGGUCCUCCCCAAAACCACUCACCAACUCCCAUUACUCGGCUGUGCCACAGACAAACCACAGAAAAUGUUUUACCUGGGUGAUACAGUAUAUAAUAUGUACAAUUGAAGUCGGAGGUUUACACCUUAGCCAAAUACAUUUAAACUCAUUUUUCCACAAUUCCUAACAUUUAAUCCUAGUAAAAAUUCCCUGUCUUAGGUCAGUUAGGAUCAUCACUUUAUUUUAAGAAUGUGAAAUGUCAGAAUAAUAGUAGAGAGAAUGAUUUAUUCCAGCUUUUAUUUCUUCCAUCACAUUCCCAGUGGGUCAGAAGUUUACAUACACUCAAUUAGUAUUUGGUAGCAUUGCCUUUAAAUUGUUUAACUAGGGUCAAAUGUUUCGGGUAGUCUUCCACAAGCUUCCCACAAUAAAUUAGGUGAAUUUUGGCCCAUUCCUCCUGACAAAGCUGGUGUAACUGAGUCAGGUUUGCAGGCCUCCUUGCUCAAACACACUUUUUCAGUUCUGCCCACAAAUUAUCUAUGGGAUUGAGGUCAGAGCUUUGUGAUGGCCACUCCAAUACCUUGACUUUGUAGUCCUUAAGACAUUUUGCCACAACUUUGGAAGUUUGCUUGGGGUCAUUGUCCAUUUGGAAGACCCAUUUGCGACCAAGCUUUAACUUCCUGACUCAUGUCUUGAGAUGUUGCUUCAAUAUAUCCACCUUAUUUUCCCCCCUCAUGAUGCCAUCUAUUUUGUGAAGUACACCCAGUCCCUCCUGCAGCAAAGCACCCUCACAACAUGAUGCUGCCACCCCCGUGCUUUACAGUUGGGAUGGUGUCUUCGGCUUGCAAGCUUCCCCCUUUUUCCUCCAAACAUAAUGAUGGUCAUUGUGGCCAAACAAUUCUAUUUUUGUUUCAUCAGACCAGAGGACAUUUCUCCAAAAAGUACUAUCUUUGUCCCCAUGUGCAGUUGAAACCGUAAUCUGGCUUUUUUUAUGGCGGUUUUGGAGCAGUUGCUUCUUCCUUGCUGAGCAGCCUUUCAGGUUAUGUCAAUAUAGGACUUGUUUUACUGUGGAUAUAGAUACAUUUGUACCUAUUUCCUCCAGCAUCUUCAUAAGGUCCUUUGCUGUUGUUAUGGGAUUGAUUUGCACUUUUCGCACCAAAGUACGUUCAUCUCUAGGAGACAGAACGCUUCUCCAUCCUGAGCAGUAUGACGGCUGCGUGGUCCCAUGGUGUUUAUACUUGCAUACUAUUGUUUGUGCAGAUGAACAUGGUACCUUCAGGCAAUUGGAAAUUGCUCCCAAGGAUGAACCAGACUUGUGGAGGUCUACAAUUUAUUUUCUGAGUUCUUGACUUGAUUUUCCCAUGAUGUCAAGCAAAGAGGCACUGAGUUUGAAGGUAGGCCUUGAAAUACAUCCACAGGUACACCUCCAAUUAACUCUAAUGAUGUCAAUUAGCCUACCAGAAGCUUCUAAAGCCAUGACAUCAUUUUAUGGAAUUUUCCUAGCUGUUUAAAUGCACAGUCAACUUAGUGUAUGUAAACUUCUGACCCACUGAAAUUGUGAUAUUUUGAAAAAGUCUGUAUUUUGAAUCUGUCUGUAAACAAUUGUUGGAAAAAUGACUUGUCACGCACAAAUUAGAUGUCCUAACCGACAUGCCGAAACUAUAGUUUGUUAACAAGAAAUUUGGGGAGUGGUUGAAAAACAAGUUUUAAUGACUCCAACCUAAAUGUAUGUAAACUUCCCACUUUAACUGUAUGUUCUGAAUGGCGCUUGUCU